AUGGGCGGGACUCCCAUAGUGCUAUACGAGGGAAAUAUUGAGCCCAGGACCGUGCACGUCACUGAAAGCUGUCCCCCAGCCAUGUCGCGCGCGGGGACAUGGCGUUUGGAAGACUUUGAGCUGCACAAACAGCUGUACAAAGGGAAGGCAUCCCUUCUCUACAGAGCAACAUGCAGGUUGUCAGGUCUGCCGGUUGCCUUGAAGCUCUACAGAAAGCUCAGGCUUUCAGCUCUAAACUGGUAUCAGGUACAGCGGGAGAUCAGGAUACACAGCCAGCUGCAGCAUGAGAACAUUGUACAGCUCUAUGCAGCCUUCGAAGACAGUGACCAUGUGUACCUUGCGCUGCAAUCAGGCUGUGCAUGUGCAGGGGGUGAUCUGUACGAGGAGCUGAAACGCCACGGUGGUCACUUGAGCGAAGAGACAGUGGCCAGAGAUGUCAUCCGACCAUGCCUGUCUGCUCUUGCAUACCUCCACCUCAAGGGGUUCUUGUGGAGGGACUGCAAGCCUGAGAACAUACUGCUGGCUGGGCCGGGCUUUGGUAGUGUAAAAUUGGCAGAUUUUGGUCUGUCCAUUGAUUCAACAGAAGAGCGCCCAGUGACGCGAGCAGGGACACUGGAUUACAUGGCCCCUGAGGUGUGCCUAUGUCCAGCGGUGCACCGCAGUGUGGAUGCCUGGGCGAUCGGAAUUCUGGGAUAUGAGCUGGUUGUUGGGCAUCCACCGUUUGAGAGAGAGACCCGCACAGACACCUACGAGCAAAUAAUGUACCGCCGGCCCAAUUACCCUGCCUGGAUAUCAGAGGAAUCACGCACGUUCAUCAGUGCCGCACUGACAAAGUCUGCUCGCAAAAGACCCACGGCGGCAGAUCUUCUGGAUCAUCCCUGGAUUCUCAAGCACUGUCCGCGCACACCUGUACCAGCAGCUGCUGAAGGCCAGAACGAGGUUGCCAGCGAGAAGUCUGCUGUGUCUGACAGCAAAGAAUCAGAUGAUGUGAAGAAGGUAAGUUGCAGCUCUGGGAUGGUCAGACACAUACAAUAUUGA